GGGGCGUUUCCCAGGGCCUCGGUCUGUCUGGCGUGGGUCGCACCGGGGUGAACGGUGCAUUCCGGGGGCAAGGAUGUGGCAGCAGGCACGGCGAGGUUUCACGGCAGGCUUCGUGGGGUGGCUUCGCUCCCGUUUGCCUUUGCUCUACCAGAAUGGCCGGGCUCAGCAGUGGGGUGGGGACCGCAGUGCUCGGGCCCUUAUUCGGGGGCUACGUUAUAGAAGCCGACCGUGGCGGACGGGUAGGCUGCUGGCCGCUCUCACAGGCGCCUUCUUAUGGGAGGAGGAGAGAGUCCGGGACGAUGAGAUACUCCGGUCAGCCGAUGAGAUGAAGCGCAUGCAGGUUAUGAAGCAAACGUUUCGGGAGCAGCCCCCGGCGUAUGACGACGAUCAAGGCUGGGAACUGGUUAUGGAUAAAAAGGACUUCAAGCUCUGGAGACGUCCGAUCGACGGAACCCAUCUCUAUCAGUACAGAGUGUUUGGGUCGUACACCGAUGUAACGCCUCGUCAGUUCUUUAAUGUUCAGCUGGAUACAGAGUACCGCAAGAAGUGGGAUGCGCUGGUCAUUAAACUGGAAGUCCUCGAUAGAGACGCGGUUUCCGGGUCCGAGGUCAUUCACUGGGUCACUCAUUUCCCCUACCCCAUGUAUUCUCGGGAUUAUGUCUAUGUCAGGAAGUUUCACGUUGAUCGCGAGAACAAUCUCAUGGUUUUGGUGUCUCGCGCAGUGGACCAUCCCGGGGUACCCGAAUCUCCUGAUUACGUGCGGGUGCGGAACUACCAGUCCCAGAUGGUUAUCCGACCUCACACAACUUUUGAUGAGAACGGCUUUGACUACAUGCUGACGUACAGCGACAACCCGCAGACCGCGUUCCCUCGCUACUGUGUGAACUGGAUGGUGUCUAGCGGGAUGCCAGAUUUUCUGGAUAAGCUGCACCUAGCAACUUUGAGAGCCAAGAACAUGGAGAUCAAAGUGAGGGAUUACAUCUCCCUGCGACCUCAGGACUGCAACGGGGAAGCCAGGACCAGCCCUGAACGCAAGCCCGCGGUCACCAAUCCUGCCGCGCAAAUGGACUAUGCAUAAAGGGCCCUUUAUCUCUGCAGCAGCUGCCAUGAACUGUUAGAGACUGGAUAAGCCGAGGAGUCGCGGCUGCCAACUUUCCACUGGAACUGGAGGUUCUCACCAACACAGCAGUUGCCUUGUAAGAACAUUUUACUGCCUGGCCGCGGACCCCAGAGCAGCGUCACAAAGUGUUUUUUUUUUGUUUUAAAAAGUGCAAACGAAUGGACAGCAUGCACUAAGUGGGCAUCGCGGGCAAAAGCAGGGGCAGGAGGAUUUGUGAUUCCACGGUCGGGUCUCUGUGGGUUGAUUAUAUGUUUCAAGCUAGCCGGUCGUGGGGUGUGAAGAUUGGUCUGCCGUUGUUCGAAGGCAUAGUAAAGCGUUGGGAGCGUCGGCCCUCCACUUAUUUGUUCUUUUAAACGAAUCUCUCGAUUACUGACGUUUUACUGUUUAGUUACCUUCACACCUGGGACAAGCGAAUGUAAUACAGAUGAAAGAAAUGUGAA